UUCAGGGGCACACUUUCCGAACUAAUAACGUUCAGUAGAGCGUCCUAAUAUUAGGGUCUGUUGUCAUGGAAAUUCAUUAAUCAGUCAACAGGCAAAUUAAUAAAUAAUGAUGCGAUACGUUUUGGCCGCAGGGGCCUUGAUUUGUUGCAUGCAUAUGUGUGUGUUGUAAGUUGUAUAGUCUGAAGAGAGCUUUAGGGAAUAAUAAUAAUAAUUCAGCCUAUAUACGUCCCACUGCUGGGCACAGGCUUCCUCUCAUGCACGAGAGAGCCUGGGCUAUAGUACCCACGCCUACGCUAGCCAAAUGCGGAUUGGGGACUUCACAUACACCUUUGAAUUUCUUCGCAGAUGUAAGCAGGUUUCCUCUCGAUGUUUUCCUUCACCGAAAAGCUAGUGGUAAAUAUCAAAUGAUAUUUCGUACAUAAGUUCCGAAAAACCCAUUGGUACGAGCCAGGAUGUGAACCCGCGACCUCCGGAUUGAAAGUCGGACGUCAUAUCCACUCGGCCACCAUAGCUCAGCUUUAGGGAAUAUAGGAAAUUUAUAUACAGAUUUGAACCCGGGACCUCCAUCCUCUGCUUAGUAGGCAGUAGAGUCACUAUCGACUAGGUUAGAAGGCUGUCAAUACAUUACAUAAUAGUCUUAUGGCAUUAAGUCUGCCUAUUGUACUGUAAGGUGUUCAAAAAAAGGUUUAGAAAAUAAAUAAAAUAGAUAAAAGAAUUACACCAAUUUUAAACAUUCUAGACAGAUUGAUAAGUUACCUAAAAUGAGUGUUUAGGGGUUAGGCAAAGUUUUUUAAUAAUCUCAGAAAUAAUUUUAGAAAACUGUAGUAUGAUCCCCGUUAAAAUAAAGUACCAAAGUUUUUUUAGCGACAGCAGGACCCUAACGUACCAAUUAUUAAUCAUAGUAAAGUAACCAGAAUCCAAAGUUCGUAAAUACCAGAAGGUUGCGCGCAGGCGCGGAGGCUGCUGCGCUGUAGUGGGGAGCAGAGGUUGUAUUCCGCGCGUGCAAAGUGCCCGCGUCGCGCUGUGCCUGGAGGAUGAAGUGAAUCGUGCUCAGUGAGUGAUAAAGUGAUGAGUGCAUUCGUGUGAAACACCGGGUAGGCCUGGAUCCCGCGGCCGCGAUGCCGGUGGAGCAGCAGCAGUGCGUCUGCGUCGUCGUGCUCCUCAUUCACACCGUCAUCGGAGCUGGAGAAGCGCCAACAUCGUCUCCCCCAACACUGAAGCCCGAACACAACGAGCUGACGGUCACGUUCCCGCCGCUGGAUGAUCUCUACCACACGCCUGAGAAGCACUUCGCAACUGAAAACAACACGGUUGUGACUUCUCAAAUUGGCUCCACGGCGUUGUUACCGUGUGUCAUUAGAAACAUUGGUGAUGGAAUUAUAUCAUGGAUAAGAAGAAAAGACUAUCACCUUCUCACAGUCGGCCUGACCACAUACAGCUCCGACCAGAGGUUUCAAGCCAUACAUCUACAGCAUUCAGAGGACUGGACACUGAAAGUGAAAUUCGUCCAAAGUCGUGACGCGGGCAUUUACGAGUGCCAGGUUUCAUCUCAUCCGCCCACCAGUAUAUUUCUACGGUUAGAUGUUGUUGAGGCACGCGCGCAGAUUUCGGGUCCCACUGAGAAGUAUCUCAAGCCAGGCUCGACUUUACGUCUUCAGUGCGCCAUCGUGCAGACAACGGAAGCACCAGCUUUUGUAUUCUGGUAUCACAACAGCCGUAUGAUAAACUACGACGCCGAGCGCGGCAUCAACGUGACCACCGACGCCGCGCAGCGCGUCUCGGAUCUGCUCAUACCAGCGGCGUCUGUGCAACACGCUGGCAACUAUACUUGUGUGCCCAAUAACGCCGUUCCUGCUAGUAUAUACGUCCACAUAUUUAAUGGUGAAAACCCAGCGGCCAUGCAAUCGUCAUCGCCGAGCUACUACAUCCUGGGCCACUUCCUAUUACCAGCACUAACGAUAUUAAACCUCUCCCUACGGUGACAAUCGUAAGCUUAACUGCCUUAGCAGAACGUAGCUAAGAUAAAUACGAGUAUCUUUUCUGAAACCUUUGUAGGACGGUUCGUUUUUGCGUGAAUCGAUUUAGCAUUCAUUAGUGCGACAAUGAGACGUACUUAUUGCAUGCAGAUUUGUUUUUACUGCUGUUCAGUGUUACGAGUAGUAGCCGAGCCUAACAGUUUUUUUUUAAAUUCAUUCUAGCGAAUCUGAUGUUAUUUUUUGGUGGUUUCAUUUUGUAUGUAACCAAUAAUCUAAAUAAAAUAUGCGCGAACUCAAGCCGGAAAUACACCUUGUAGGUUAUUUUAACUUAAAUGUAGGGAGGAGUUUGUUUAUUACGAAGAGAUAGUGACAUUCAUUUCUCAUUUUGAACUAUAGAUGCAAGUCCACAAUCUCAUACUAAGGAAAAUGUCACCUUGAGAUUCUCGAGCGAGGUAUUUUUUUACGAAUCUAUAACUGGAAAUGUAAUUUUUACUAUUUGUUUAGUAAUAGAAAUUGCAAAGUAACCUUUGUCUGAACUAUCAACGGGCUUUCAUUGUUUUCAUUAAUCAUCUGUCAGUGACUACUUUUUUUCAAUUAAAGGGAGAAAAUAGAACGCUUUUUUACUACUCAUACACGGUUCGCAAGUAAAAUAAAAUUAAAAUGCAACAUUGGUCCUCCAAACAUAAACGUAAUUUUUAACUUUUAAACGAUGAAAUUAAGAAAUUGAUCAAGUCCAAAAACGAUCACCUUGAUAAUGUUUCUACUACUUAUAUUUGUUAGAGGCCAAAAUAUCUUCCCUAUGUGUAUGAAAACGUGAUACAUACGUCAAUUCCGUGAUGCGAGCUUGUGUCCAAACCAAAAUCUGACGCGUUAUAGGUCAGUGUGACAUUCACAAGUGUAUUUUUUGUAGCCGCUCCUGCUUCAUAAACCUGU